AUGAACCAUGAGUCAAAGUCGUGGUCAUUAGGAAUGAUCUCCACGGCAACUCGCACCACGGCGACGGUCAGCCCUCUUACCCCGCUAGCCAACGGGAGUGUGGCUGCUCAGUCUGCUCACUCCGGAUUCGCUGCCGCUCUCCGUCAACUGGCCAAACAGGCUGAAGACCCCAGAGGUUCUUCUCCCAAUAGUGAGUCUCCAGUCUCCUCUCCAGCCACCAGUCUCAAUUCUCCAGUCAACACUCCUAAGAGGGGGUUGUCAGGACCACUCCAGACCCCAAUUCGGGGACACAGCCUUCCCUCCACCCCAUCUGUAGUCACUAUCGCCCCUACUCCCACCAAGACCGGCAGCAUUCUCUGGAGAGGAGAAGGGCGCCAGGUAAGAAGAAACACACACAGAACCUUAGCUGAGUUGGGUGUUCGGGGGGUGAGUAGGGAGCUUGUGGGGUCUGAGCUCAGCCUUCCCCAGGAGAAAGGGGCUCAUCCUGUCCUCUCUCCUCACAUCCUGGCUCACCCAUCCUACCCCUUCAGCCUCACCCCCAGCUCUGUCAUGCAGGACCGGCGACUACAGGGCCUCAGUCUACCUGGUCAGGUACAACCUGCAGUUCACUCAGGGGCGGUCCAAGAGGAGUACCUAAGAGGACUCCGCCCCUUCGCCACCUCAGAUGACCUCCGCCUGCGCUCGCUGCCCCUGGGGCUCGACCCCACCACUGCUGCCCACGUUACUGCUGCUGCUGCCUACUACCACCCUGCCUACCUCCACCACCUACACAGGUCACUAUACAGGAUGGAGGAGUCUUUGUGUCUUUCUGCACUACGGUCUCAGUUCUACUCUGUACCAGCAGGGGGGGCCUUCCCUCACCUCCACCCCUCUGCCCUCCACAUGCACCUGCCUGGGGCACGCUACCCUGGGGAGUUCAGCCACACACACAGUGCACUGGCUGAGAGAAUACAGAUGGAGGAAGAGCUUCGCCAACGAGAGAGGGAGCGAGAGCGUGAACGAGAGAAACAGAGGGAGCAUGAGCUUGAACGGGAGAGAGAGAGGGAGCGGGAGAGAGAGAGGGAGAGACAGAUGGUGAGAGUGGUGAAGAGCCAGUACCUUGCUGGGCUGAAGGCUCUCACGGCUCUGCCGGAGGACAGGGUCAGACCUGGGGAGAGGCUGACACCUAACAGACUGGGUAAGCCCACCCUCCCUGCCCUCCCAUUACCUAAACCUCUACAGCCAGGCCUCCAGUCAGCCCCUCACCUCAUGCCCAGCCUGGUGCCCUUUCAGAUGGGGAACACACACACUGCCUCAGCCUCUUCCGGGGGGCUCCAUGGAACACUGGUCUCUGCCAUGAUGCUCCAACAGGCCAAUGGGGAGGAGCGCAUGUUGGCACGUCAACGCCGGCAGGGGCAGGAGAGGGAGGUGUGGCCACCUGGGGAAGGGGUGGAGCCUAGGAGAGACAGCUACAGAUCCAACGCCAGCCAACGUGACACAGGCAACAGAGAAUCUCAACCUCACCUAGGAGCCCCACCUCCACUCAUCUCACCCAAACCUCACCUCCUCCCCCACCCCCCUGCCCCUUCCACCACCCUCUGGAACCCUGCCUCCCUCACUGAGACGCCCCCAGACCCCCGUUUCAGGUUCGACUCCCCUGUUCCUCCAUCUCGCUCCCCUCCUGACCUGACCAGAGCCGAGCGGUCCCCCAGCUGGGAGAGGGGGGAGGAUGGGUGCAGGAAGAGGGGGAAGGACGCAGAGAGGUUCUCGUCUGUCAGGGGACCCAUUCUGCAGGAGCCUGGCCUCUGGGGCUGGGCUGAGCUUGAAAGAUCCACUCACAGUCUCCACCACCACCACCAUAAACACCACCAUAACCACCUCCACCAGAGUGGUUCGCUGUCCGUUUCCUCCCCCAGCCCCAGCUCCAACCUGGGGGUCCAGCACCACGCCAGCUCCCCAUCUCCCUCCAUGGACCUCCAGAGGUCUGAACGGCCAGGCCAGGAGCCUCAGAACCCAGUGGUGUACGAUGAGAUCCUCCAGCAGCACCGCAGGCUGGUCAGCAAGCUGGACCUGGAGGAGAGCAGGAGGAGAGAGGCCAGGGAAGGAGGGUAUGACUAUGAUCUAGAUGAGUGGUAUGAUGACAGUGAUGAGGAGGAAGUGAGGGCCCACCUCAGAAGGGUAGCAGAGCAGCCCCCGUUAAAACUGGACACAUCCUCAGAGAAGAUGUGUUUCCUGCGUGUGUGUGGCCUGACCACGCUGGCCCAUCGUGACCAGCUGCUUCAUCAGAAGAGGAGGAAGAGGAGGAGGAUGUUGAGAGAGCGCAGCAUCUCCCCUCCAGCAGUACGAGGCAAGAGGAAGACCUCUCCGCCUCCUGUGGCACCCGCUCCCCCCCUCAGCACCACUCUCACCCCAGAGGAGAUGAACUGCUCCCCUCACCUGGACGACAAGAAACACUUUCUCAACAUGUUCAGCCUGUCCCAUGUGACCAACCAGCAGAGGAGAGAUAAGGAGAAGAUGGAAGGGUUGUUGAAGGCUAUAAAGCUGAAGAGUGUAACGUUGGACACCAUCAGAUACAACCCAUUACCCCUCUGUAGAAGCACCCCUGUUUCCCCAACUGGCGAAUCAAACGGACUCCACUACCCAGACUCCCCAAGCCCCUCGCCCUCCUACCCCCACCACCCCAACAACCUCCACACAGACCCACUAAAACCAUCCACCCCUCCACCCAGCCAACCGCCUCCCCUGGCCCCCGACCCCAACACGAAAGGACUGGGUGGAGGUCACCCAGCUAAGAGGCUCCAGUGCCUCCAGAAUGGAGCAGGCCACCCUGGCCAUCAUCCUCAACAGAAGGUGCCCCUGGCUGUGCAGAACGGGCAGAACAAACCCUGGGAAAGAUUCAACCAGUCUGUGUUGCAGUCUACCCACAAGACACUGAGUGGCUCCACCUGCGUUCCAGAGUCCAGUAUAAAGUCUGAGCCCUCAGUGCCCUACAACAUCCCCCCACUGAAGAGACCAGCCCUCCUCAACACAUCCCUACACCCCACCAACGGGCAUCACCCUUACCCCUCUCCACCCCACCAUGUACCCCUUGGCGUACGUGAUGAGCUGUCAGAGGAAGAGGAUGAGGAGGAGGAGGAGGAGGGAGAAGCCCCUAGGAAGUGGAGGGGCAUAGAGUCAGUCUUUGAGGCGUAUCAGGAGUAUGUGGAUGAGCGGGGUAUGGAGAGACAGGUUCUUCACAGUCAGUGCCGGAGGCUGGAGACUCAGAACUACACUCUCAGUCUGACAGCUGAACAACUCUCACACAGCAUGGCGGAGCUGGUGAGUCAGAGACAGAGGGUGAGAGAUGAGAGAGAGAGGCUGCAGGCUCAGCUGGAACACUUCAGGAAGUGUCUGACCAUUCCCAACGUGCACUGGGGCAAGGGGCAGGUCAAAGGUCGCCCCUCCCCGGUGACCCCCUGUCCUGCUGCAGACCGACAGACAGACAGACAGACAGACCAACGACCGAUGACCGAUGGAGAGAGAGAGGACACUGAAUUGGUUCCCAGUCAGAGGCAGAGGGGGAAGAGAGCUCUGGACUGGGAAGGAAGACAGGAUGAUAGAAAGGGAGGAGGGAGAAAAGGAGGACAGGCCCUGUAA